AUCUGGCAACACUGUUUUUAGGUGCUGUGGUAAAUAGGUUCUCGUGAAUUUUCUUUGUUAUCUAUUGAUGAUGGAGAACCUUAAUUAAACCUCAUUAUAAUCAUGAAAACAUCAUUGAAUACACUGAUAACUUCAAUUGUAGAUGGUUAAUCGAGAUAAGAACGCAACCCCUGAUUACCACUCUUCUAAUCAAGCCUCGUCAUCCAAUAUUGCAUCAGAAACAGAGGUUGGCGGUAACAGUGUAGAGUUGUGUAAUAUUAGGCUGUAUAAAUGGCGCGAGAGCCAUGCAUCCUCCCUACUCACGUGACAGCCUGUCAAGAAGGAAGCACCAUGGGCGUUCUAACGCUAAUUGCGGCGUUGCUCUCUCUCGCAGCAGCAGGAGUCCACAGCUGCUCUCCGGGUUUCCAAGAUAUCAGAGGGCAAUGUUACGCCUUCCGCUCUGAGCUGACGGUAACUUGGGAAGACGCGAAGGACUUGUGCACCCAAAUGGGUUCUAACACCAUUCUCGCGUCCGUAAAGUCACCUGACACGUUCAGAGACAUCUACGAGUACAUCAUAGCUUACGGUCUGACCGGAUCCUUCUGGCUGGGCGCCUCUGACACGGCUGUGGAGGGCGACUGGCACUGGCUGGACGGGAGCCGCGUUUCCCGUGGGACGCCUUACUGGGCCAUCCAUAACAGCUUCACGGGGUGGAUUCAGGAGCCCGAUGGUGGCACCGAGGAAAACUGCCUAGCGCUGGAUGUUGCAAGGAAAUUCUACUUCAACGAUCUGCCGUGUACCUUACCGCACCACGCUUUGUGCGAGGAAAUCGUGUAGACGUCACCUGUCUCACCGCCCUCAUCCUCAUUGCCAAACAGAAUGGAGGGUCACCGCAUUUAUCCAGUAUGGAAGAAGACUGUGACGGCUUAAUGGCUGACUUCCGACUUGACUUGUUAGCCGAAUCCUAAUAAACCGCUGUAUUAUUAA